AUGGAGGCUUUUCGUAAUGCAUUAUUGCACUGUGGAUUGAUAGAUCUAGGGUACCGGGGUAAUAUUUUUACAUGGCAAAAUGGAAGGCCCGGAGAUGCUUUUGUUCAAGAGCGUCUGGAUAGGGCAUGUGCUACACUGGAUUGGAGAGAAAGGUUUCCUCAUGUAGUGGUGAACCAUUUACAGGUAUCAUAUUCGGACCAUGACCCAAUUUUUAUAAUCAUCAAUGGUAGUGCAGGCAAUACAAGGAGAAAGAAAAUCCCGAAAAGGUUUGAGGAAAAAUGGGCGAUACAUCCCGAAUGCGAAGCCAUUAUCCAAGAGGUAUGGAGUAGGGAACCACCAAGGGGCAGCCCUAUGUUUCGAUUAUUCUCAAAAAUAAGGGAUUGCCGUAUGGCCUUGGUAGCUUGGAGUCAGAAUAUGGGAAGCACUGGAACACGGAUUGAGGAGAAAAAACAACAACUCCAAACCCUUACAGCACAAAAUGAUCCAGCAAAUUUGGAGUUAAUACAAAAAGUGAGGGAUGAUAUCAAUACGCUCUUGUAUCAAGAAGAAUUGGCUUGGAGACAAUGUUCUAGAUCCAUUUGGCUACCUGCUAGCAACAAGAACACCAAGUUCUUUCAUCAAAGGGCUAGUCAAUGUUGUCGAAAAAAUAAUAUUGAUGGCCUUUUGGAUGAGGGGGGGAGAUGGUGUACAUCAGAUGCUGAAAUAUAG